GUAGACGUUUUUUAUGGGGCGGGGGGGCAGAGGAGAGGAAAAUAAAUUGGGUAAGUUGGGGGGAUGUAUGUAAAAGAAAAGAUGAGGGAGGGCUGGGAGUGAGAGAUUUGAGGAAGUUUAAUUUGGCGUUGCUGGGGAAGUGGUGGGGACGGUUAGCAAGAGUUGAUGAAGGACUAUGGAUGAAAAUAAUAUCAGCGAAAUAUGGCAAGGGUGGGAAGCAUUGGAUGGAUUUGAUUAAAGAGAACAAUGGAGGGGGUUCCUUAUGGUGGAGAGAUGUGUGCUGUCUAGAUAGAGUGAAUGAGGAGAAUGUAGGAUGGCUGUCGGAGGGUUUUAGAAUGAAAAUUGGGGAUGGAAUUGCAACAAGUUUUUGGUGGGAUGAUUGGGGAGGGGAGGGAUGCCUUGCUAACAAAUUUCCUAGGUUGUAUAGUCUGUCAACAGGGAAGGAGAAAACAUGCAAUCAAAUGGGCAACCUAAGGAGUGGAUCGUGGGAAUGGAAGUUAUCAUGGAGGAGAAAUCUUUUCGAAUGGGAAGCUGAAGAGGUCGCUGAUCUAGAAAGAAUGAUAGAGGGCGUUAAGAUUACUCAAGGCUGGCCUGACAAGUGGGAAUGGAUUCACGAAAAGGAGGGGCAAUACUCAUCAAAAUCAGCAUACCACCUUUUACGAACUGAUCAAAGAGGACAUAACGGAUCUUCAAUUUUCAAAAGAACAUGGAACACAAUUCUCCCGUCCAAAGUAUCAGCAUUCAACUGGCAACUAUUGUUGGAUAGAAUUCCAACCAAGGUGAAUUUGUUGAAAAGAGGGAUUAUUAAAGACUUGGAGGAGAGCAAGUGUGUUAUAUGUAAAGAACAAGAAGAGGAUUCAGUACAUCUAUUCUUAAGGUGCAAGCUAACUCGAUGGCUGUGGGUGGCAUGCGCCAAAUGGUGGGGGGCUGAGGCUAAACUCGACAUCGACAUUUCAAAGACAUUUGAUAAAUUUGGAGAUUGGAGCAAAGAGGAAAAAACAAGACAAGGAUGGGACUGCAUAUGGAGUACGGUUGUGUGGACUGUGUGGCUUGCUCGCAAUCAGAAACUUUUCCAGCACAAAGAGAUAAAUGCGGGGAAGCUAUUUGAAUUAAUUCAAUUGAGAUCUUUCACACGGUUCAAAGCAAAAAAUGACAGGUACGUAUUCAGCCUUUCAGAUUGGAUGGUGAACCCAACAGAAUGCCUUAGAGGGCACAAUGCUGGACGAACGAAAAAGAAAUUGAGACUGAUGGGUUAAUGUGCUGCAUGAACAUUACCUAGUUGGAGGUAUGAAUUGCUGAAUAGUGGGGUUCACAAAGAUUAUAUUGAGCAAUUAUUGACUGUAGUAGAUUCAGCCAUAGUCAAUGCAUGAUCAAUAUCUCGUGGGCCUGAUGGGGUAUAGCGUGUGAGGGUUUGUUGAUCUGUACAGGGGGAUAUGUUGAAAAGGCAAAAGAUGGCAGAUUCCUCGUUACGGACAUAGUGUCGACACUUUCUCUUGGGUGUCGACACUGUAUAUAAUGUUUUUAUGUUUUUGUUUUUAUGGGUUUGGAGUACCCCUUGUAUUCCGCUUAAUAAUAAAUAUCAUUUUCGCUG